UACCAAGAUUUCAACUAGUUUGCCUUUGAAUGUUUAAUUCAAAACAAUCAAAUUAUUUGUGUCAGGAGUACUCUAUAUUAUUUUUGAAGAAAUAGAAUUAGUUUUUUCAUGUUUAUUAUUUUUUUGUCAUUUUUGACAUUUCUCUUUUAGACUGAAUUAUUAAAUAAUAAAAGAACAAAAUGGAUUUGAAUCCUUUAAUUCCAAAUGCAACAACUUCCCAUGAUAUUGCUCAUAUUCUAAGUGAAUCUUUCGAAGAUACAAUCAAAAGUUAUAUACUUCCAAGUGAAAUUUCCGAAAACUUAAGGAAAAACAAUGUUGAUCAAGAUUAUUUAUUAUUUCAAAAGUAUGGAUAUGAAGUGAAGCAGUUUGCUGAUAUUGCAAGCGAAGAACAUGCAAGUUUGCAGCUAUUGGAAUUGGAUAUUAUGAAAAAGCAAGGAUGUGACAUGAUACUGGAGAAGAGAAUAGAAGAUGAUAUUCGAAUGAAAGAAGAUAUUCUACUGAAGAGAGAUGGCUUUUUUUCUGGCUAUCCAUUUGAUGUUAAAGAUUUGAAUUUAAUAGAUAAAGUGGACAUAUUGCCUACUAAAGUCGAACAAUCGUUAGAGUUUGUACAUCAAAAAUACCUCCAUGGAUGCAGGGUCAAACAUUGUGAAGAAAGAACUAAAGAAAAACUUAAAGAACAUUCAAGACAAUUCACAAGGAUAGAAUUAGACCCAUGCGAUAUGAAUAUCAAAAAGAAACAAGAAGACAUUGACGAAGUCCUUAGGUUAGAACCGAAAGAAAUACUCUUCGAAGAUUUCGAAAUAAACACUAUUUAUAAAAGAAAAAUUCGGCUACAAAAUAAUUCCCAGCGCAAGAGACCAUUCUAUUUCAAGUACCCCAAAAACUCCCCAUUUUCCCUGAAGGCUCUUUCAGACGUCCUGUUCCUAGCGCCGGGGAUGUACAUCGAUUUUCAAGUGUCAUACUACACAGAAAUAUAUCACAAUUACAGUGCCAACAUAGAAUUCUCAACUUCUGGGGGAUUUAGAACAGUCCUAAAAAUCACCAGCUUCAGGAAACCACCUCAUUUGAGAGUUUACCUCUUCUGGUCUAUGAAGCACAUCAUGAACGAUAAAUGCCCUGGAACUAAGGAGUUCUGGGAUAAGAGAUGUACAGCACUGAACGACACCAUCGAUUGCGGUCAUUGCUUUAUCGGAAAUUACAUUUAUUUGUCGCUUUUGAUCGGGAACGUUGGUAACAGAGGUCAGUUCUUCCUGCUUACUGAGGACGAAUGGAUAUCCGGCAGCGUUUGUACCAUCGAUGACGCAAUGCAAUUCAAUAAAGAUUGUUUCAAAUUGUUCCCAAGCUAUAUUACUGUGGAUAAAGAUGAAGUUGCAGAGAUCUGCGUCAUGUUUACUCCAAAGAGCUCUGGUUUGCAUGUGGAGAAACUGUAUCUAGUUUCAGAUAACAACACGUCAAAAGCUGUAGAAAUAAUAGGAGACGGGUUGUUUUUUUCCAGAAGUAUGAUUCAAGUUCAUCUGAAAUCGAGCCAAUUCGAAAAUGUUGCUAAGAUUGGCGACUGUGAAUCAUUGGACGAAGAACUUCAAGACAAACAUUGUGUUUAUGUAGGAUACGUUGAAAACUAUUCGUCGAAUAGACUAACAUUCACUGUGAAUAAUAGAAGUGCCAUGAGGUUGAAUUUUUAUUGGACUUUUCGGAAGAACGAAACCGAUCGAAACGUAUCAUUUUUGGAAACAGACUGGAUCCAAAUGAAGAAUUCAGAUCAAGAUUUCUUGUCACCGUACACAACUUAUGAUUUCGAUAUUGAUAUUGUACCACAAGCAGAUCGACCAGGACAAUACGGAAUAAUAAUUGGUCUAUGUAUUGAAAAUAUUCCGGAAAAUGCUUUGAAAGAGGAAGAAGAGUUCGUGGUGCGUAAAGAAGAGGAAAUCGAUGGUAUAAAUUUCCUAGAUAUUCAAUUGACAGAGCUGGAAAUAGGGUGCAAGAUCUACAAUAAGGAAGUGUCGCAGGAACCAGAGACACCAUCGAUUAAAUUAUGCGACUGUCCCAAACCACCCCCUCCUGUGGAGUCGAAGGUAAAGUUUUCCACCCAAAUUAUGGAUUUUGGAGUCAUCCCGAUUGGAGUACAAUUGGAAAGAAGUCUAAGUAUCCUGAAAGCAACAGAAGAAGACGUAGAUUGGGUUGUGAGGGAAAUUGUUUAUGAUAUAGAUGUUCGACCAUCGAUGUACGCGGUGCGUCAAACUUCUUUGGAUGAAUCCCAAGGGACGUUGACCAAUCAGCAGUAUCAACUCAAAUAUUACAUAAAUGCUAAGAAACCAAUUCGCUGGGUGUCGAUGUUGCUCCUCUUCACCGUCAGUGCCGCCAAAGAUUUGGAACUCAACUCCAUGUGCAUGGUAACCUACGAGGUGGUCGACUGGGACAUAAGAGUAUACUCGGAUGUGUCAAAGUUUCCCGUAGUGUGCUCUUUGAAACUGCACUACGUGGGUAUAGAGUAUGUUUGGACCUUCUACAUCAAGAACUUCACGCCGAUUAUGGGUUGCUUCUGGCUGUUGUCUCCAAUCGGUGAGGAUGUGGACAAGAUGGACUUGAGUUUUCAUCCCAAGUUCGGGGUUAUCCGACCUGGCGAGAGGGUGAAGGUCAAGGUCAAGGUGGUGCCGAAAGAAGUGGGGAUCAUAGAAAAGAUUUUCGUACCGUGUUUCAUAAGCAAAUCCAGACCACCGAUUAUGAUCACGAUUUUGGCGGCCAUAGACGAUGUGAACGUUUACUUCUAUAUACCGAGUCAGGCAGAAGGAUAUGACAAGAUAAUCUGGCCUCCGAAGGUGCUGCACGAAGUGGAUUUUCAGCAUAUGAAGUCAACGGAACGUCUGUGGACUGAAGGAGAAUACGAUUACUUCUAUGACUGUAAGAAUUCGACGAUGUUGGAGAACAUCGAUCCAGAUUUUCCAGCUGAAACCGAUUUUUCGGAUGUUACGCCAUCCGUAAAACUGAAGCAAUCCCAAUUAUCUACUUUCACCAACGUCAGUUCUAAUUCGUACAUAGUUUCACUGGUAGAAUUUCUGAAGGAGCGCUGCAAGGAAGAUUUCCUGAAGCAGGACUAUGUGGUUGAGGUGAGGGACGUGCCAUUGAAAAAACCACAAAAAUGUUCUUUCUACAUUGAGAACGUGACGCCAAUCGAGGCAUAUUUCAACAUCGAAACGACAAAUUUUCAACCGUGUAUAGAUACAGAAACGAGCAUGGUCAACGCCAUUACAAUGAUCUAUCCAGAUACAGUAUAUUCAAUAUGGGAUAAGGCUUGCGCAAAACAUGGAAUAGUUGUUAUUUUGGACGUCGAAAAAGGAACGCUUUCCUGUGGAGAGGUGAUCCAGGUAAACGCGUGGAUAUAUGCAACAACUUGGGGAAUAUACACUGAAGAAAUUGUUGUCAAUAUCAAUAACAUUACGCCAUUUUAUUUCAAUAUUUUUAUCGAGGUGAAUGGGUCACCUAUCGAAUUUCCAAUUGCGAAGAACACGAUAAGGAACUAUGCUACUUUAAGAUUCGGUCACAUACCAUAUAUGACAGACGUAGUGACUAGAACUCUACACUUGAAGAACACCUCUUGUAUACCUCUGAAUAUCGAGUGGUUUUUGUUCGUCACUUCCAACGAAUCGCAACCCUUUAACGUUAUCCUAGAUAUGAUUAAUGAAAAUAUCAGAAGUUCUAAGGGCAUUAUUCGUUUGUUCCUAUCGAAUAAAAACUAUGGAGAUCAAGAUUUCGAUUUCAUGGAGGUGGUUCCUAGAAGUAUACAACUCAAUUCCCACGAAUCAUCUUCUGUUGAAAUAAAAAUGAAUCCAGAUCAUUUUCCGGUGAAUUUUAAUGACACCAAUAUGAGUUGUCACUUGAUAGGAUAUAUCUUUGUAAAGGAAGAGCAUAAAAAUCGCCCGAAUCUAUUCUUCAGAAGAUCAGCGGAUGAUCUGAAACCUCUUCAUGUUGAACUGUUGGCAACCAUUGCGAUGCCGCUGUUGAAAUUGGAUUUGGUUCGUGGAAAAUCCAGUAUAUAUAUGCACGCUACUGACAUUUUGGAGGGUAGGAACGAAUCCACCAACAAAAUAAAACUCUCCUUUCAGAAUAGCAAUUUGACAACAGUGUUCGUUACUUUUCACGUUGAUCUGCCAUUUUCUAUUAGUAACAUUACAAUGAGAGAAUAUCAAUUUGUAAAAAAUAUUAAUAAUGCUAUCAUCAAGCCUGGAGACGUUUUAGAGAUCGAGCUCGACUGUUUGGUCCAGCCGAGUGAAAUCGAAAAGAUGGCCAAUUGGGUCUAUACCAAAGAUCAACCAGAAAGAGAAAAAGUCUGCAAAGACACAAAAGUUGUAACAUUAUGUAGACAUUUGAACAUUCACCAACGUGGUGUAUUGGAGCAGUCAGUUCCAAUAUGUUUCGAUAUUUUCUUCCCGAAAAUCGAAGUCAAUCCACCCUUCCUGAAAUUUGAACACGUAAGAAUUGGGUGUACGAAAAAGCUUUUUGUACAUCUAUACAAUAUGACGAAAGUGGAUAUUACUUUCGAAAUCGAAAAAACUGCUGAUUGGCCACAAUUCAGUGUGAAUCCUUGUUCUGGUAUUAUUCCAAAAGCAAUUGGUUUUACCCAAUCCUUUGUAGACAUUUGUGUUUAUUUCACACCAGCCUCAUACCAUUUCUACCAAGAGUCGAUUAUUAUUAAAACACAAAUUCCCCAAUGUUAUUUAGAAGUGCCAAUGAAUGGAUAUGGUAUUCAAAACGAAAAGUUCGAUGUAGAUCAUUAUGCCUUUCAACCUUGAAUUCACAACUCAAUAUGUAAAUUUUCCGAAUAUAAUGUGCGAAUUGUUUUA